AUGAAUCCUUGGAUCCAUCUCACAAGCCUCCUCAGCUUAACCGCUGUGGUCGCUGCAGCUCCCCGUACUAAGACUUGUUACACGAGCCCUCCAACCACGAUCACCAAGAUUGUCACCCAGACCUGUUCUGCCCCCAAGACUGUCUAUCUUGACACUGCCGGCAACACGGUACCUUCACCUGCUCCUACCAAUCCUGCGAGCUAUGUUACCACUCUUCCGGCUGUCACCAAAAUUACUGAGAUUGUCUACCCAUCUUCAAUGACUGUCAAUGGCGGCGAAACCGUCACGAUCAGUGGUGUGCCAACCGUGAUUGCUGGUCCUACGGUUCUUACCAACUGUCCUUGCAUCACUCGCACUACUGUGGUUGCACCCGGGCCCGUCAUCACUCUGCCUGCUGCCUUUGCUCCAGGUGCAUCCUCUGGCAAUGCUGGCGGAAACGCCGCCGGAAGUGCUGGUGGAAACGCUGGCGGCAAUGCAGGCGGAGCUGUUGGACGUCCUGAUACUACGGUCAUCAACACCUAUAUUGUCUACCCAACCGGCUUCAUCGGAGGCGGCGGCGAGACUUUGACGAUCAGCGGCACCAUCACCGUCGUCCCUUCGCCUACUUACAUCUCCCAAUGUCCUUGUACUCAAGCUACGGUUGUGACCGUGACUGGACCUACCAUUACUAACACUAUCACUCAAUUUGUCCCGAUCCCGACAGUGAUUGCGGGAGCGACUGUCACAAGCACUGCAACCGUGAUCUCUGGAGUCACUCUCACUGAGACUACCACCGCGACUGCAACUUCUGGCGCCGGAGUUCCCGCUGCUGGUACGUUUGGCACUACAGUGGACGGUGUGACUUUCCUUGUUGAAGAGCAGAUUAACUAUGAUGGUACCCCUCUCGCUCUACCUGCCAGAAAAAAUAAGCGUCAGCAGACAUCCGUCAACCUUCAGGUCUGCCUUGAAACAUGUGCUGACAACGUUGCUUGUGCCGGUACUUCUCUCAACACUGAAUCUUCGACUUGUCUCUACUUCAGUGCCAUCUUUGCAUCAACCAGACGUCGCGACGUCACUAUCAUNCUUGCCACUGUUAUCAGUCGCGUUACUCCAACCGGGACCUCCAGCUUAAGCAGUUCAUCUGCAAGCUCAAUCAGUAGCUCAUCUUCCAUUUCCGCAACCUCAUCUUCCAUGAUCACUACUACUUCUGCUACAUCCACCUCUGGUACUUCGACUUCGGGCACCUCUACCUCUGGUACCUCGACCACUGAGAAUGGAGGCACGUCAACAUCCGGCACAUCCACCUCCGGAACCUCAACCUCUGGCACAUCAACUUCUGGCACUGCUACCACGAGCCAGACCGCUGACCCGUCAUCUGACCCCGACGUUCCCGCUGAGGAGGAACUAGUUGUUCGCGCCGCUGCACCUAAGCCUGUUGGUUUGACUCUUCGUGAGGCAAACCGUAACAAGGCUGGUGCUGUCGUUCGUCGUGGUGGUGUGCUUCGCCGCUCCAAUGCUGAGCCUGCUGCCAAGCAUGCUCCUCGCAAGGUUGUUAUUGAGCUCUAA